UGCACCUGCCGUGGGAUAGAGAUUCUACGGAGCCGUUUAAGGACUAAGGACAGUGCUGGCCAUCUCGGUAACUGUUUCGCGAAAGCCUUGGAAGCACUAACGGAGCCCCGAAGCGUUGGCGGAUGGGGAAAGAUCCAGUCCCCUUCCACGCCGGCUUCUCCGCGUGGGAACCGUGCGGCCCCUGGGUCCUCGAUGUCCCUCCUUUUGUAGACUCAGCCCAAGUAUCCUCGGUAGUGUCUCUUCCCCGGCGCCUCGUUCGUGGAGAAGCGCUAGCCAGGGGUCCAGAGAGUGGAAGUCUGUGCAGUUCCGUGUGUGAAAGGUGUGCGAAGAAUCAGAGCGUCCCCGGAGCUCGGGUUCCAAAGUGUGGAUGGGUGACAGUUGGCAGAGACCUGGAGAAAGCUGGGAAGCAAGGAGCACAGGUGUUUGGAGAAUUGCUCUCCAGACGUGGGGCAGCAGGUGCAAGGCCCCGUCCGUCCGAGGAGCGAGCGUGAUGGUUGAAGGGGAAUCGAGAGAGAGUAAAAUAAAUGGAGACGGACUGUAAUCCCAUGGAGCUGAGCAGUAUGUCUGGAUUUGAAGACAGUUCAGACCUUAAUGGUUUUGAAGGCACUGACAUGAAAGACAUGAGGCUGGAAGCUGAAGCGGUAGUAAAUGAUGUUCUCUUUGCUGUCAACAACAUGUUUGUCUCGAAGAGCCUGCGCUGUGCCGACGACGUGGCCUAUAUCAACGUGGAAACGAAGGAGAGGAACCAGUACUGCCUGGAGCUCACUGAAGCAGGGCUGAGGGUGGUAGGGUAUGCCUUUGACCAAGUGGACGAUCACUUGCAGACUCCCUACUACGAGACAGUCUACUCCUUGUUGGAUACGCUCAGCCCCGCCUACCGGGAUGCGUUUGGAAAUGCACUGCUUCAGAGACUGGAGGCUUUAAAGAGAGACGGACAGUCAUGACUCAGCUUUUUCCUUUCAGAGGGGCCGCUGCUGGUGCAGAGUGUUGACGUCAAGCUUGAAAUUCUUGCUUAUUGUCCUAAUAGAAACGCAUCUUUGGUUUUAUGUCUAUCACUUGCUUCAAAUUUAGGCUUUUGGCUCAGAACAUAAUUGACGAAUGAAUUGUCUUAGUUUCUGAUUUAUUAAGGGAAUUUUGAGGCCAUUGCUAUGACAUCAUUAUUAAGACAUUCAGAGUUCUUCAUAUAUCUUUGCAUUUCAAAACCUGAUCAGUAUUGCGUACUCUUACCACAGGGCUUUGAUGCUGCCAGCACCCUUUUACAUAGGAGUUUCUAGAUUUGCACAGUAAUUUAGGAAUUACAAUUACCUAACUUCAAACUUGGAUUCAGCCUGCUAAAUCAGGGGUUUGCUACUAGCUUGGACUGACUUUGUAGUAAUUAUUUUGCUACUAGCCUUAUUGGAAACAAAUAAUCAACUAGUUUCCCCUGCACAAAUUUUGAAAUUCACUGCUUCACUUAAUGUAUUUAUAUUACUAGUACGGAAGAUAACGAGGAGUUAAUUCUGUUAUUUAACUAGUACUAAAGGAAGACUAGUUAAUUCUGUUAUUUAACUAGUACUAAAGGAAGAGCAGGGACUGAGACAGUUCUGGACUCCUUGAUUGCAACAGCCAGCCAGCGAAGCAGAGGACACACCGUUCACAAAUGAAUGUAGUACUUUCUCGUUUCCAAGAUAUCUAAGCACAUGAGCAAAUGCAGGAACAGGCUCCAGUCUUUUCUUAACAAACACAUCCUCAGUGUGUGACUUAAAGAAGAUUCUUGUUUCCUAGGAGACAAUAUUUUGGCCUGUGUUGGUUCUUAUCCUGAAUGUUUGUUUACAUGAUGUACAGUAUAUAUUCAGAAAGUAUUUUUGCUUCAAUGUUUACUUUCUAUAGUGUAGUGCUUUGGUAUUCCCACGGCACCCUCCUCCCCCAACAGAUGUACAGUGUUCUGUCUCAAUGCUAAAUGUACAAUGUAAUACGAGUGCAUUGUAUGGGUUUGAAACCAAAGGAUGAAUGAAGCAUUCAGAGACUAAAUAUUUGAAAAAGGGAUACUCUGUAUUUUAUAUUUUAUUACAGGAACUUGAUAUUUAUAAACUGUACCAUGCUGCUGCGUGUUCUCCAGUACAUGUUGAACAAUAGGAGUGGGGAGUCUUUUUUUUAAAGUCACCUGAAGCAGCUGCUGUAGAAAUGCUGAACUAGAAGUCUGCGUCCAGACACGUUUCAUCAAUUUGUCAUUUGCAGAUACUUUAAUCACUAACGUGUAGAUCCUUGUAGGCUCUGAGGACCACGUGGACCAGAGCCAACGGAAGUUCAGUUCGCAUCAGCUGUCGUCAGACGUACCUGGGCGGCGUGGAUGAUGUUUGACGGUGCAUGUUCAUUCUCAGCUUUCUGUUCAGAUGCUUAGCUGUUGGGCAAUGAAGUCAGACUUCAGGUUGAACUUUCUCAUGCUUAAUCUCAGGCUAACUGUAAAUGAUAUUUGUAAAAUUUGAAUAAAAUUCUGUUUACUCAUUUUGAGUUAAGUAUGAAGAAAA